AUGUUUCUCCUGCAAAGCACCCUCCUCCUGGGCGCUCUUGGGCUGCUCUUGUCAGUCUCCCCCAUCACCGCCAGCCCCAUCUCCUCCGCAGUGGCACCGUCGUCAAUCAACCUCACGCCGUCUGACCACGACGAGCUGCUCUCCCUCGCCGCGCGCGGAGAGGCCAGCCGCGGCCCCGUGCCCAAGACAAACAGCGACGUUGGCUUCGACAUGCUGUACGCGCUCCUCACAAAGGGGCUCGGCGCUAAGCUGACGCAGGGUACAAUCACCAAAAUGCUGCUCAACGAGCCCGUGAUUGAGACGCCGGCCAUGGCGCGAUACGUCGUCGAGGCGCGGCUGGCGGUGGAGAGGGGCGAUCAGAAGGCAGCAUUUCAGGCCAUGAGGAAGUGGAGUGCCGAGGUGGACAAGGAGCUUGGGCUGUCCAAGUAG